UAUCAACAAGGCGUACCCUCUCAGCCAUUGCUUGCACAGAGAGGGAAGAGAAGAGAGAGAGAGAGAGAGAGUGAGAGAGGGACAUUGAACCUUUCCCGUACGAUCGAAUUAGGGUUUUGCUUUGGCAUUGCGGAUCUGAUCGCACCCCCAAAUUGCAACCAUUUCGGAGCACAGAUCUCGAUCGUGUAAUUGUUUUGCUUGGUCGUAAUUCGAUUCCGUGGAUUUGAGUCCGGUUCUCGAGUCGUCGCUUUCAUGUUCGACUUCGAAUUCGAUUUUUCCCCUCCUUGUGAGCACCCGUUGUUCAAUAGAUCUUGAAAAUUGGCUCCUCAAAGGCGAUCGCAGCGCCACAUGGGUGGCCAGAUGCAGCAGAGCAAUGCUGCGGCCGCGACCGCCCUCUACGACCACACCGGCGGCGGGUCCCUCCACAAUGCAGGCCCCGCUAGCGACGCGGGGGAUGCGGUCAUGGCGCGUUGGCUCCAGUCCGCCGGGUUGCAGCAUCUGGCCUCUCCCUUGGCCUCCACCGGUAUCGAUCACCGUCUCCUCCCCAAUCUUCUCAUGCAGGGUUAUGGAGCGCAGUCUGCUGAAGAGAAACAGAGGCUUUUUAAGUUGAUGAGAAACCUCAAUUUUAAUGGGGAGUCUGCUUCUGAGCCAUACACACCUACUGCCCAAAGCUCAGGAGGGAUGGCUGCAUCAGAUGGGUUUUAUUCUCAAGAGUUCAGGGGUGAUUUUGGAGCUGGGCUUUUGGAUCUUCAUGCAAUGGAUGAUACAGAGCUUCUGUCCGAGCAUGUUAUUUCAGAACCCUUUGAGCCCUCGCCAUUUAUGCCAGGUGGUACAAGAGCAAUUGACAAUGACUUUAAUGUGACAAGCAGUGGACAGCAAGGAGGGCAACUAGAUACAGAUGCAUCAGUUCCCUUACCUACGAAUGAAAGAGAGGGCGCAAAGGAAAACAACGUGGCUAAAAUUAAAGUUGUGGUACGUAAAAGACCUUUAAACAAGAAGGAGCUUUCUCGGAAGGAGGAGGAUAUAGUAACUGUGUUUGACAGUUCUUAUUUGGCUGUUCAUGAACCCAAAGUGAAGGUGGACUUGACUGCAUAUGUGGAGAAGCACGAGUUUUGUUUUGAUGCUGUUCUCAAUGAGCAAGUCACCAAUGAUGAGGUAUACCGGGUUACUGUUGAACCAAUCAUUCCUACCAUUUUUGAGCGAACAAAGGCUACAUGUUUUGCUUAUGGUCAGACAGGUAGUGGUAAGACAUUCACAAUGCAGCCGUUACCUUUAAGAGCUGCGGAAGACCUUGUUAGAUUGUUGCAUCAGCCAUUCUAUCGUAAUCAGAGAUUCAAAUUGUGGCUUAGCUAUUUUGAGAUAUAUGGUGGAAAACUCUUUGAUCUUCUCAGCGACAGAAAGAAACUUUUCAUGAGGGAAGAUGGAAAGCAACAAGUUUGCAUUGUUGGACUGCAAGAAUUUGAAGUUUCUGAUGUACAAAUUGUUAAAGAAUACAUUGAGAGGGGUAAUGCUGCAAGAAGUACAGGGUCCACUGGUGCCAAUGAGGAAUCUUCCAGGUCACAUGCUAUCUUACAACUUGCUGUUAAGAAGCACAGUGAGGUAAAAGAUUCCAAGCGUAACAAUGAUGUAAAUGAGUCUAAAGCUGGGAAAAUUGUUGGGAAGAUUUCUUUCAUUGAUCUUGCUGGCAGUGAGAGAGGUGCUGACACCACUGAUAAUGACCGACAGACAAGGAUUGAGGGAGCAGAAAUCAACAAGAGCCUUUUGGCGCUUAAGGAGUGCAUUCGUGCUCUGGACAAUGAUCAGAUCCAUAUUCCUUUUCGUGGAAGCAAACUAACAGAAGUGCUUCGUGACUCCUUUGUUGGCAAUUCAAGGACUGUUAUGAUCUCUUGCAUUUCUCCAAAUGCAGGUUCAUGUGAGCAUACACUCAACACUUUGCGAUAUGCAGAUAGGGUUAAAAGUCUUUCUAAAAGUGGAAAUGCAAGAAAGGAUCAGGCAAUAAAUUCAAUACCACCAAAUAAUAAAGAUAUUUCAUCAGCAUUAUCUCUGCCAGUUUCUCUUGACUCCGAGGAUGUUUAUGACCAGCGUCAAGAGAUGAAUGUAGCAGAUACAGGUAGAAGGGUUGCUGAAAAGGAAAGUCUCUCGUACAAUCCUACUGCUGAUUAUAAUAAACAGCCCUCCAAUUUUUCAUCAAGUUACCCCUUAAAUGGAAGGGAGGAAAAAGGGGUGGUUUCUAGCUCAACGGACAGGGAGAGGUACGAAAUGAAAAGUUCUUAUGGUGAUUCUACUAUUCAAAAGGCGCACUCGUAUCCCCAAAUCUCAGUAGAUACAGAAGAGAAAGUGCAAAAGGUGUCACCACCUCGUAGAAAAGUAUCUAGGGAAGAGAAAUCUGAGAAGCUGGGGAGCUGGAUGAAAAAAGAUUCUAGUGGAUCGGAUCUCUCCACCACAGGCAUCAAGCUGCCGAAUACAGGCAAUUACAGCACAAGUAAUGUUGGAUCCCGACAAUAUGAACCUGAACCUCCUCCUGACGGAAAUAUAAAUGCAAUACUUGAGGAAGAAGAGGCCUUAAUUGCUGCUCAUAGAAAAGAAAUUGAGGACACCAUGGAGAUUGUUCGUGAAGAAAUGAAACUGCUAGCAGAAGUGGACCAACCAGGCAGUCUCAUUGACAACUAUGUGACGCAGUUGAACUUUGUGCUUUCUCGUAAGGCAGCAGGGCUGGUUAGUCUUCAAGCUCGCCUCGCAAGGUUCCAGCACCGGUUGAAAGAACAGGAAAUACUUAGUCGGAAACGAGUACCUCGUUAAGGCAGCUAUUUGUUUCUUUGCUUUCACGAGUGGACUAUAUCCUGUCAUGUAAUUCCUCUUUCUCACUAUAUAUGGACCUUUUCUGGUUAUCUAGUUAUACUUCUGGUACAUAUUUUGUUUCUUCCUCUCACAAGUACAUUGAAUGAGCCAGGUCAAGGUACUUAGGAGAGGAUCUAAGAAAACUGCAGAGCCAAACUGUACUUGAGAGCUAUGGUUGCUUUCACAUCCAAACUUUUGGCUUGAACAACGAGGUUUCAUGUCUGUUAUCAGAGAUUACAGUGUUCUCAAUUGUAUUAUUUGGAUGAGUCUGAUGUUGAUCUUGCCCAGA